AUGUCCAACACCAACUCCCGCUCAUCGCCCCCGGACCGCUUCUCCCAGCUCUUCGAUCACUACUACGAACGCCUUCUUGCACGCCUGGAGAAGCUUGAGCGCCGUAGUCCAUUGAGCAAACGUACCACCCAAUUACUCGCGACACUCGCACUGUCCUUGACCGUCGCAGUGGGCGGAUAUGGCGGCUACCGCCUCUACCGGAGACGCAGGACGGAGCGAACACUGGGCAAGACGCUCGUAAGGCGGAACAGCGGCAUCCGCAGCAAAGAUGGCACACGCACCAUCUACGUGCCCUACAAAGAUCGGACCUCCAAGGUGGUCAUUCACCCCACCAAGGAUACCACCUUCGAUGCGCAUCGCAGGAAGUUCCUCCAACCCUCCAAGGCGACUGGGAUGCAGUCGGAUGUGCCGCCUGUGGAUGUCAAGCCUGGUCUGAACUUGGCAUUCGUCCACCAGUUCGUGGCGUUGAUGAACAUCAUGAUCCCGCGGUUGCGGUGCAAGGAGACGGGUCUGCUGACGCUGCAUGCUGUAUUCUUGCUGUUACGGACGUAUCUUUCGCUCGUCGUGGCAAGACUCGACGGUGAGAUUGUGCGUGAUCUGGUCGCUGGCAAGGGCAAGGCGUUCAUGCUCGGCAUCGCAAAGUGGCUGUCCAUUGGUGCUAUCAGUAGCUACACCAACAGCAUGAUCAAGUUCUUGCAAUCCAAGAUCAGCAUUUCUUUCCGGACACGGCUGACGAGGUACAUCCACGAUCUGUACCUCAACAAAAGCUUGGCAUACUACAAACUGCACAAUCUGGAUGGCGGAGUCGGACAGGGAGCAGAUCAAUUCAUCACGCAAGACCUUACGCUCUUCUGUGAUAGCGCGGCGUCUCUAUACUCCAGCCUUGGCAAGCCAUUGGUAGACCUAGUGACGUUCAAUUUCCAACUUUACCGCUCAUUAGGCGGUUUGGCAUUAAGCGGCCUGCUUUUGAACUACUUCGCUACGGCAACCCUUCUUCGACGACUCAGUCCACCAUUCGGCAAGAUGAAAGCCGUUGAAGGCCGCAAGGAAGGCGAGUUCAGAGCUUUACACGCACGUUUGAUUGCCAACGCCGAGGAAGUAGCCUUCUACAACGGUGGCCCGACGGAGCAUGUCCUGCUUGACCAAGGCUUCAAGGAGCUGCGGAAGUGGAUGGAGGGUAUUUACCGUAUCAAAGUCGGCUACAACAUGCUCGAAGACUUUGUAUUGAAGUAUAGCUGGUCCGCGUUUGGGUAUCUCGUCACGAGCUUGCCGGUCUUUCUACCUGCGCUAGGAGGCUUGACCCAGGUUACCGCAAACGAGUCGUCUGCCCGGAGAUCGUCAUCCGCCAGUGCUGAGCUCGUCGAGCAUACGGACAAAAGUGGCGGCCGCAUGAAGCAGUUCAUCACUAACAAGCGCCUCAUGCUCUCCCUUGCUGACGCCGGUGGCCGCAUGAUGUACUCCAUCAAGGACCUCUCCGAGCUAGCAGGCUACACCAGCCGCGUGUACACCCUCAUCAGCACCCUCCACCGCGUCCACGCAGACGCCUACUUCCCGUCCCGCGGCACCCACGCCGAGCUCUUCAGUCUAGCCGACGUGCAGGGCACGCUGCAGAAAGGCUUCGAUGGCGUACGCUUGGAAAACGUGCCUGUCGUCGCACCCUCACUCUACCCCAUGGGCGGCGAGGAGCUGGUAGAUAACCUUUCCUUCGUCGUCCGGCCUGGUGAGCACCUCCUCAUCACCGGCCCCAACGGCGCAGGCAAGAGCGCCGUAUCCCGUAUCGUCGCUGGACUCUGGCCGACCUACCGCGGUCUCACAUCCCGUCCUCGCAACGACGGACAAGACGGCAUCAUGUUCCUGCCCCAACGCCCCUACCUCAGCCCAGGUACUUUACGAGAUCAAGUCAUCUACCCGCACACAGAAAUGGACAUGCAGACCGCCGGCCGUCGCGAAAGCGAACUGCAAGCCAUCCUCGAACAAGCGCGGCUUGGCUAUAUCCCCGAACGCGAAGGCGGCUGGGACACGCGGAAGAUGUGGAAGGAUGUCCUCUCCGGCGGCGAAAAGCAACGGAUGGGUAUCGCUCGCUUGCUGUACCACGAACCACGAUACGCCUUCAUCGACGAAGGUACCUCCGCCGUAAGCUCAGACGUGGAAGGGUUGUUGUACGAGACUGCCAAGGCGAAGGGGAUUACUCUCGUCACGAUCUCGACGCGGGCGAGUCUGAAGCGGUAUCAUGAGUAUACGCUUACGUUGGGGUUGGGGGAGGAUGCGUGUGAGUAUGAGUUUGUGCGGAUUGGGACGGAGAGGGAGAGGGUGGGGGUUGAGAGGGAGUUGGUGGAAUUGAGGGAGCGGUUGGGCAAGGUGGAGGGGUGGCGGGAGAGGAGGAGGGAGAUUGAGGUGGAGUUGGCGGAGGUUUGGGUUGCGGCGAAGGAGGGGGAGAUGGAGGGAGGGGAGGGUGAGGGUGAGAGUAGAAGAGCGGGAGGGGAAGGUGAGGGUGAGAGCAGAAGAGAGGGAGGGGUAUUAGAGAAGCCAGGGUACGUUGGUGAAGAGGCGGCAUCUUGA